AUGGACGGCAGCGCAGAGGGCACGGAGCCCGACUCGCACAGCAUCACGCUGCAGCCGCUGACGCCGCAACACACCGGCGGCGACGCGAGCACGAUCAUGUCCCCGACCCAAACACACUAUGACGGUGCGUCUGACGUGGACGGCAAGACCUUGCGUUCGCGCUCGAUGAGUCGGUCUAAGGGCGACGAUGACACCCAUUCAGGGAAGGGCGCGGACGCGGGGGAAGAGGAAGAGCACGAGCCCCGUCCUGCGGUAGACCUUACCCAAGACGAAGAGAUCGAUGCAGGGUCGUUCCCGGUCAAGCCGUACUUGCUCGCGUCGCUCGUGGACCCGAAGAGCUUGGACGCGCUGCGGGAUAUGGGUGGCGUUCGCGGGCUGUUGAAGGCGCUGGGGACGCACAGGAAACACGGUCUCAGCAGGAAGGCUCUCGCGAAGGCAACGGACGCGUCUCAUCACGCGUCGUUUGUGCCUCAUGCGGACAAAGAUGGCCGACCUGGCGCGGGAGAUGAACCUGGUGCAGGGCAGGGCGCGUCGCAGCGUCAUGACCGUCAACCUGAGACGGUUGCUAGCGACGUGCCCAAGCUGGUCCUCACCGGUCCAGGCGGUGAGGACGGCGGUGGCGCGCCGCUAGACGCGCCUGGCCCCGAGGACGACGAUGCGGAGGACGGUCCCACUUACGAUGCGGAUCUGCAGGAGCGGCGACGCGUGUUUGGUGAUAAUACGCUUCCCACCCGUAAGACGAAGUCGUUGCUUCAGCUUAUGUGGCUUGCUCUCAAGGAUAAAGUUCUGGUCCUCCUUUCCAUCGCCGCAGUCGUUUCCCUCGCUCUUGGCUUCUUCGAGGAUUUCGGGCAGCCGAGGACCGAUGGUGAACCCCCGGUAGACUGGGUUGAAGGUGUUGCCAUUAUGGUCGCCAUCAUCAUUGUCGUCAUGGUCGGGUCUAUCAAUGACUGGCAGAAGGAACGUCAGUUCCAGGUUUUGAAUGAGAAGAAGGAGGAGCGUGGCGUCAAGGUCAUCCGUGACGGCGUCGAGAUGAUCAUCGACAUCAAGGAGGUGGUCGUCGGCGACGUCGCUCUGGUAGAACCUGGCGAGAUCGUUCCCUGCGAUGGAGUCUUCCUUUCUGGGCACAACGUCAAGUGCGACGAAUCUGGCGCGACGGGAGAGUCCGAUGCAAUUAAGAAGAUGUCGUACGAAGACUGCCUCAAGGGUGAAGGAGCCAACGGAGGGGAAGGUCUGAAGCACACCGACUGCUUCCUCAUCAGUGGCAGCAAAGUUCUGGAGGGAUAUGGCAGCUAUGUGGUUAUUGCGGUCGGAACCAAGAGCUUCAACGGUCGGAUCAUGAUGGCAUUGCGGGGAGAUACCGAAAACACCCCUCUCCAGAUCAAGCUGAACCAUCUCGCUGAACUGAUCGCGACGCUUGGUAGCGCAGCCGGCCUUAUCUUGUUCACUGCCCUCAUGAUCAGGUUCUUCGUCCAAUUGGGUACGCACAACCCCCAGCGGACGGCUAGCCAGUGGGGCAUGGCGUUCGUCGACAUUCUCAUCAUCUCUGUCACCCUCAUUGUCGUGGCCGUGCCAGAAGGUUUGCCGCUCGCGGUCACGCUCGCCCUCGCAUUUGCCACGAAGCGCAUGACGAAGGAGAACCUCCUCGUCCGCGUGCUGGGGUCCUGCGAGACCAUGGCGAACGCGUCUACUAUCUGUACGGACAAGACGGGUACGCUCACGCAGAACGUCAUGACCGUCGUCGCGGGCUCCGUCGGCAUCCACUGCAAGUUCGUGCACCGGCUCGAGGACAACAAGGAGCGCACGAACGCGGGCGAGGAGCCGGGCGUGAGGGACUCUGGCGCGCGCAAGCACGCGCAGGACUUCUCGAUCGAUCAGGAGCAGCUCACUGACACGCUCUCGCCGGCGCUCCGUGACUUGUUCAACGAGGCGAUCGCGCUCAACUCGACUGCAUUCGAGGACGUCGACCCGGAGUCUGGGAAGCAAGUGUUCGUCGGAAGCAAAACCGAGACUGCGCUUCUGAACUUUGCGAAGGAGAACGGCUGGGCGGACUACAAGAAGACUCGCGAGGCCGCGGAGAUUGUGCAGAUGAUCCCCUUCUCGAGCGAGCGGAAGGCGAUGGGUGUCGUCGUCCGCCUUCCCGGGGGCCGAGCCCGCCUCUACCUGAAGGGCGCGAGCGAGAUCCUCACGAAGAGCUGCACUCGGCACGUCGUCGUCGAGCGGGGUUCCGCCGACAAGGACGUCCAGACGCUGGAGCUCGACGAUCUCGCGCGCGACAAUAUCUCACGGACUAUCAUCUUCUAUGCGAACCAGACGCUCAGGACAAUUGCUGUGUGCUACCGGGACUUUGAAUCGUGGCCCCCUGCGGGUGUACAGGCCGAGUCGGAGGACGAGGUUCCCUAUGCUGACCUCGCACACGAGCUCACUCUCAUUGCUAUCACCGGUAUCGAAGACCCGCUGCGCCCGAGCGUCCGUGAGGCCGUCGCGGACUGCCACAGGGCCGGUGUCACGGUGAAGAUGUGCACGGGCGACAACGUCCUGACUGCCCGUUCGAUUGCGCUGCAGUGCGGCAUUUACACCGCGGGGGGCAUCAUUAUGGAGGGCCCCAUCUUCAGGCAACUCGAGCGCGCAGAUCUCCUCGAAGUCGUCCCCCGCCUCCAGGUCCUCGCGCGCUCGUCGCCCGAGGACAAGAAGUUGCUCGUCGAGACGCUCCGGUCGCUUGGCGAGAUCGUCGGCGUUACCGGUGACGGUACCAACGACGGUCCCGCGCUCAAGACCGCCGACGUCGGUUUCUCGAUGGGUAUCGCUGGGACGGAAGUCGCGAAGGAGGCGUCGGACAUCAUCCUCAUGGACGACAACUUUGCGUCGAUCGUGAAGGCGAUCAUGUGGGGCCGCUGCGUGAACGACGCGGUGCGCAAGUUCCUUCAGUUCCAGAUCUCGACGAACGUCACGGCCGUCAUCAUCACGUUCGUAUCCGCUGUCGCCUCCGCCUCAGAGACGUCCGUCCUUUCGGCGGUGCAGCUGCUGUGGAUUAACAUCAUCAUGGACACGUUCGCCGCGCUCGCGCUCGCAACAGAUCCCGCGUCGCCCGCGCUGCUCGACCGCAAGCCGGAGAAGAAGACCGCGCCGCUGUUCUCGGUCGACAUGUACAAGCAGAUCAUCGGCCAGUCUAUGUACCAGACGAUCGUCACCCUCAUCUUCCACUUCCUCGGCCUGAACAUCCUCGGCCUGACGCACGGCGGCGACGCGACGCUGGAGAAGCACAACGACGCGGUCGUGCAGACGCUCGUGUUCAAUAUCUUCGUGUUCGCACAAAUCUUCAACUCGAUCAAUUCCCGCAGGCUCGACAACCGUCUGAACAUCUUCGCGGGCGUGACCAGGAAUUACUACUUUAUGGUCAUCACAUUGAUUGAGGUCGCUAUUCAGAUUCUCAUUGUGUUCGUCGGCGGCGCGGCCUUCCAGGUGACGCGCAUCGGCGGUCGCGAGUGGGGCAUCGGUGUUGCUCUCGGUUUCGUUUCUAUCCCUCUCGGUGCUCUCAUCCGCUGCAUUCCCAACGGCCCCAUCGAGCGGUUGUUCAUCAAGAUUCGCCUCAUGCCGAACCCGGAGGUGCUUCCGACGACCACACCGCAAGCCGAGUGGAACUCCGCGAUUCGGCUCGUCCGCGACAACCUAAGCACGUUCUCGCACGUGCGUGGCGGACGCAUGCGGGCUUCCUCGUACGUCGGGAAGAGUCGCAGUGCGCCCAUUGCCCCUGAGUCCCGUGUCGCACUCCCGUCCAUUAUGACUAUGGUUCCGACUCUCAUCGCAUCAUCGAUCGGCGCUGGCUGGGCCCCCUCAUCACCCAGCGGUCUCUCCAACCCAGCGCAGUUCGAUCCGUCCAAGUCUUCGGCCGCCCUCUGGGAAGGCAAGGUCCAAAUCCACCCUGACACUAAGCCAGACGAUCCGGUUAUGCAACGCUGGGGCCCGCUUGCGCGAACAACGUAG